ACAGUGGUGCAGGAGCCUGAAUUCAAGGCCUAUGCUGUGCACUGUGUAGGGAGCAGAGAGCCGUUUGAGAUUCAGUGCAAUGGACGGUCACUGUGCAUCCUGGACUUCCUCUGGAAAACACCCUGACACAAAAUCUCAGAACUGUGCGCUGUAUUUACCGCCUUGAACUUUCAUUUGCACUUGAAUACUUCACACUUUGGGCUGAUUUCAGCUUCUGGUGGGCGGGUUUUCAGAACAACUGGCAACCCUUGUGGCUGUGAACGGCACGCUUUAGAGUCCGUGUGAAAGCUCCUCGCGUUUUGCGCUAGAAUUGAGCUACUUUAGGCUCUAGGCAUCGCUUUAGUGUGUCGGGCUAGUUUAAAGGAACCAAUCACGCACAAAAUCGCUUGAACUGGCGACCGGCAGCUGGAAGCGACCGCUGACGGUCAGCCGCUGCCUGGCGGAGUCACCGCCGAGCGACGCGCACCUGCACGUGACUCAGGAGGAGUCGGUCCGGGCUCCGCAGAGACGGUCUAGCCGAGCUUGAACUUCAGCAGAUACAGAACAGCGAGGCCGCUUCCGUCCAGCGUCCGUCCAGCGUCCGUCCAGAAUAAUUGUUGACCAACUUCACUGCAUUUUCUUCCUUAACAUGGCAAGGAGCCGCAUACUUCUUGUUGCAAGUUUAAUCCUGUUUGAACUUUUCUCACUGUGUUCAUCCCAAAUCCCGAAGAUCUUUGGGAAGGCGUACGAGUCUGCGACUCUUCCCUGCAGCAGAACAUGCUCCGGCACUUUAACCUGGACCAAGUUUGUGAAAAAGGAUGACUUUUUAGUUUGGUGUGACAGUAAAUCCUGCCGGCCGAAACCCGGGUUUGAACUUUCUCAUGAGGAAUUUCUGAGAGGAAAUCUCUCUCUGACGGUCCUGUCGGCGGAUUAUGAUGACCGAGGCUGGUACGUGUGCAGCUGUGACUCUAAACCUGUGUGUGACAUCAGCCUCAUAUUAUCACCUCAAGAGUUUCAUCAGGAGAUUGACCCUGGUCAGCCCAUCAGUCUGAACCUGCUCAUAAGUGACCGAGUUGAAGUUACUUUUACUGGGCCAGAUCCUGCAGAGCGAGGAAACCUCCCAGUCUGCACAGUGGAGCACGGCCGAGUGGAGUGCAGUGGGCGCUAUGAGCAGAGAGCAGCUCAUCUAAACACGCUGCAGCUGAGAGAGGGAAUGUUCUCAGAUGGAGGAACGUACACAGUACGGGACGUCACCAAUGAUGAGGUCAUUUCCAUUACAGAGGUCCACGUAAAAGAGCUGUGCCAAGAUCCUGCUGUGCCAGCGUGGAUGGUUGGACUCCUGGUGUUCCUGGCGGUUGCACUUGUGGUUGUGAGCGUGGCAUCACUGGUGGUGAUCUUAGGGCAGAGGAAGAAAAUGAAGGAGUUCAGGGAAAGGAAUGGAGAAGCUAACCAAGGAGUAAAUGGACACGGCCCAGACGGAGAGAGGAGGACAUUUGUUAAUAAUAACGGGCAACAUCUCUGAGACAUCAUUCUCUCUCUCUCUCUCUCUCUCUCUCUAUCUCUCUCUAUCUCUCUCUCUCUCUCUCU